AUGGCUCUUCUGAGAGGCCUGAGAGACCCUUACGAGCGGAACUUCCUGGCCGCUCCGAGACCCAGGUUCAACAGGAGCGCCUCAUCAAAACUUUCCAUUCCAAUUUCCCUGGCCUCGUCAAAAUCAGAGAAGCCGCAAUACCACCUCAAAAACUUGCUACGAGACAUAGAUGCCGAUGAUCCGGAAAAAGAUCUCGUCCAGCUUCAACGAAGGAUAUGCGAUUCGAUAGACGACUUUCCAGUUCCCGAUGUUGAAAAAGUCUUUCGUUCUGCUGAGAAACUUCUCCGUGAACAGGAUCUUGUCAAAACAGACCUUGGCUUGGGAAUAAUCGCGAGACUCGCCUUCAAACCAGAGUGCACGCCCGCAAACCGCCUACAUUUCUUUUACACCUUAUAUCAAGAUGGGACCACGAAUCGCUAUACCGAUUUCCCAUCCUAUCUCCUCACCAUACUCACAGACAAUGGCCGUCAACUUGAAGGUUUUGAGCCUUUACUGACAGGCUUGAUACCCGCCCUUCUGCACGAAGUCGAUUUUGAAUUCGCCGACAAAGACAUCAAGAGACUAGAAGCACGCGAAACCGGUUCGCCUAUGUUGACCUCACUUGACCUCAUUAACAACCUUGUCAAGUAUAAUGCGAGGUUCUUCAGCGAUUCUGACAUAAUGUUGUUGGUCCAGGGAAUGUUUGAUCUGCGGCAUCGACUGGCCUUUGAAGAUCCUGAGAGAGUCUGUGAUAUCCUAGGCACCUUGAUCAUCUAUACCCACAUCCCAAAGGAGGCAGUCUUAAUUGCUACAAGGACUCUUUGUUUUCUGAGAGAACGAACCGGCCUUGAAGAGAAUACCAGCAAGACCUUCUCGUAUUUCAUGAACACCCAUUUAAAGGAUGAGACUAUCGAGAGUCUUCUUCGCAGGUUCGAAGAUGAUGAUACCUGCCCCAUGGAAACUGCUGGCGCCGCUGCUUUACUCGAGUUGUCGCUUGUGAAUGCAACAACACGACAUUCGAUAGACUUGGACAUCAUGCGUCUGAUGGAUGCACUGGCAAGACCUGUACCCGACGAAACUGCCUCUGCGUAUGCCAGGCUACGCUUGGAACUGCUCAAAGUCCUUGUUCAAGAUGGCGAAAUGCAACAGAAGCUACUCGCGGCUCCAGAUUGGAUACAUAUACAGGAAGCCAUUAUACGAAACGCGAAAGCUCCGCUCGAAUCUCUAUCUGUUGGGUUGAACAAAGAGGAUGGCACUCUCGAACGUUUCAUGAAUGACCGCGAAAACAGGAGAGAAACCGUUCGUGCUAUCAUUUCAUGUCUUGAACAUCUUGAUGGCAUCAGUCUUCAGCAGUCGAGGACACUACGGAGAACUGCCCUCUAUGUGGCGCCAUGGUUGACAGAACAACAGUCAAUGAAGCUGAUCUCUGCCUAUCAACCAUCUUCUUUCCGUAUCUCAAUUGGCAAUUGGCUUGGUGAGAUCAAGGAGCUUGCCACUCACUUCAUCUUUAACACUGCUUGUCACCUUACACUUCGUCAAAAAGCUUUGAGAGUCAUCAAAUCCGCGUGGCGCACGGCCCAACAGCUCGGUGAAGACGAGGCCACCAACACAUGUCGCAACUUGAUUGUGGAUGCUCUUGACAACGAAACGAAUUAUGCAUUCAGAGGCAACCUGGUGCAUGUUUUGCUCCAUUUCACCGUCGGCGUGAGCGAUCCAGUCUUCUACCGGACCUUGGAGGUGUUUGUCAAGUCUGCACGUACUGGCUGUUAUCAUGAGCUCAUUGAAGUACCAUUCUUUGCUGAGCCCAAAGUGUCAAAGGAAGCAAGACCCGAGGAUGAUUCUCGAAACCAGCCACAAGACGAAGAACUACCAUCCAUCCUACCUGACGCCGGUUUGGUGGUGUUACUGAUGAGAAGCAGUGUUGAUCAACUUGAACGAUCGCGAAAAGUGUAUCAUGAGAUGCUUCAACUCAUUGCGAUACCCGAACGGCCCGCUGAAGCCACCGUCAUGCUACUCAGAGGCCUAUUCCGAAUUCGAAGUGAUUUAGACCACCGUAUCUUCUUCCUUGCGAACUCAGAAGGCGAGAGUCUUGCAAAGGUGCUUCACAGAAACUCUGACUCUCCGUUCUUGCAAUCUCGCAGAUCUUCACUGCAGUCGGGAGUAUCAAUCAUGCCACCUGUCUGGAAGUAUGGUGACAUCCACGGGUUACCCGAGUCUCCUCCAACGACAGUAAGCGCUGUGCUCCGGUCAGAGUCAAAACCUGUUGAUGGUGUUGACUGCAGUCUUGACAUGCGAUCCUGGCUCGAGACAAUCAUCCAACUGUUGGAGUCUGCGAGCUGUGACUGGGAGGUAUACAGCUACAUUAUCGUUCACGUUGGUCCACAAGUUUCCAACCAGUCAUUGUUUGCCGAGAACAUCUACGAGAUCAGGUUACUGAGGAAUCUGGUUUGCAACAAUAUACAGUCUCAAGCGAUAUUCAGACCACCAGAAACAUCGAAUAUACGACAAGGCGACGUGGCUUUGUGCCUGUACCACAUUCUUACCACCUGUAUCGGAUACCAUUGGCGCUUCCCCCGAAAGGAGAACGUCGACACUGUCACCACUCUUGUCAAAGGUCUGACAUUAUGGGAUCGCACAACUAUAGCUUGCGUCAACGCGCUAACCUUGAGUUGUUAUGAGCUGCCGAUAUCUUUGAGUCGAGAUCUUGUACGUAUUGUGGCGCAGAUGUCCACUAUCGUCACCAAAUCAGACUCGGCAAUCCACGUACUUGAGUUCUUGGCAGGAUUGUCUCGUAUCAAUGAGCUGGUUAACCAAUUCCAUGGUGAUGAAAUCAAGACAGUGUUCGGUGUGUGCUUCAGUUACAUUGAUUACGCCAGAGGCAAGAAGUUCGAUGAACAGAACCGCUCAAGACCAACAGGGCCACCUACUAGAAACUCGUCAGUCGUGGAUAGCAAUUAUCGCCCAUCUACCGAAGACAUACCACAAUAUGUCUUUGCGCUUAGUUACCAUGUCAUCACUUUCUGGUUCCUUGCGCUGAGCAAAGAGGAUCAGAAGCGGCACUUCCCAUGGAUGGAGCAAAGACUGCUAUCCCCCGACCAAUUUGGACAAGUGCUCGAUGAAGCCAUCGUCACUGUUGACCAUAUCUGGCGAGUUACAGAAGGCAAAGAUGUCGUGAAACCACUCGCUCUGGAAGUCAGUACUACAAGCGAAUCAUCAGCAGAUCCAAUCACGCAAACAUGGGUUUCGGAGUUUUGUAUCCUAACAAUAAAGUGCUACCUCGACAACGGACUGGUCAAAAUCACCGAACGAAGGAGCUCAGGUACCGAUGAGAGCUGGUUUGUCUAUGCCGGCGACGAACCCCUAACUCCAGACAUGAUCUACCAAGAGCGAUUUGCUUCAUCCAUCAACGGUAACUUCAAGAGCGACUUGGAGGUUGUCAUUCUCCCCACCAAUGAUGCCACUCGUCGCGCACUAGGUAUCUUUGACCGCAUCUCGCCCAUUGACUUUUUCAAAGCUGGUGUCAUCUACAUUGGCGAAAACCAAACCCACGAGCACGAGAUCCUGGCCAAUGUCUCUGGCUCCCCAGACUACAACCUCUUCAUCUCCGGACUGGGCGAACGUGUUUCCCUCGCCAACAACCGCGAAAACAUGGCCGGACUGGACACCAGUGAAGGCAUGUUUGACGGCCGGAGCACAUUGAGGCACAGCGACACCAUCACCACUCUCAACUACCACGUCACGACCAUGAUGCCCACAAACCGCGACACUGAUCCGCAAUGCACGCGCAAGAAAUCGCAUAUCGGCAAUGAUUACGUCAACAUAAUUUUCAACAACUCGGGCCUCGAGUUUGAGUUUGACACAUUUCCCUCUGCGUUCAACUACGUGUAUAUCCUGGUGGUGCCCGAGGCGCGUCAAACAUUCAUCCAAACCCGCACGAGGCUGCACAAUCCUGGCUGGUACGAAGACAGUUGGUUCAAAGUGCGCGUGUUGACGAGGCAAGACUUUCCGGACAUUUCUUCGGCGGCGGAGACAGUGGUCGUGAGUGGAGCUGCAUUGAGUGCGUAUGUGAGGAAUCUGGCGCUGAAUGCCGAGGAGUUCUGUAGAGUUUGGAGUAACAGAGGGAUGGGAGAGCUGCCGAGUACGUGGAGGAGUAGGUUGCAGCAGAUUAGGAUGUUGAGGGAGAGGAACGUAGCUAAGAAGGAGUAA